UUUAGAGCAUCAUGUUUUGGGCAUUUCACUGAUUGGAGGCCCGGCCCGAAGAGCAAUAAAGCCUUACACCAGAUUGUAUCGAGGCAGAUUGUGUCAGAAGACGAUGAGAUGUGCUUCUUUCUGUGCGGAGCACGAGUCAGAUUUUCCCCAGCGGACUACGCAUUAGUGACUGGGCUCAAUUUCGGGGGAUCGAGGUUCGAUGCGACAUUACAGCACGACUGCAGUCGCGUGGAGGCAUACCGACGAUUCUGCGGUGGGCGAAGCAUGACCAUACAGUCGCUCAUCAAACGCGUGUGCGAUUUGGAUCGUCGAGUGGAUGAUGAGGAUGUGAGCCUGUACCUUCGUGCUGUCCUCGUGUGUGUGGCUCACACCCUUGUUCUUGGGUUGGAUGCGCGGGUACAGCCGUGGCUUUGGGUGUUGGUGGAUGAUCUGGCUGCAUUUGAUAGAUUCCCCUGGGGCGCGUAUUCGUAUAAGAUGUUAUGCCAUUAUACGAGAGAGACAGGAAAGGGCGAGAAGUAUCACUUCUACGGUCCUUCGUGGGCUUUAUAUGUCUGGGCAUUGGAGCGCGUCCCGGGCCUCGGACACAUGGUCGCAGCAUCUAGCGGUGAUCCGACAGCGCACCCUCGAUUUUUGAGAUGGACUUUCAGGGGUAAGCCCCGGCUUCACGGUCUGCGCGAGCUAUUUGAGGGACAGGGUGGUGUCCUGCCAGUGGAGCCCGAUGGUGACGAUCUGUCGAGUCACUACUUCAUAACAGCGCUGACACCGGGCGAACUCUCGGUGAGCUUCAGGCCCCCCGACAACCCAUUAGCUCGGGGUGUCCAAUUUCCACAGCACACCGGAGCCCGUUUUGUGGAGGAGCGCGAGGAGGAUGUACCUAGACAACCUCGUACGACUCGCAGUCACAGUGUUCGGGGCCCUGUGAGGGAUGCUUGACCCCACGAGCCGACUCGUCAUUCAGUAGAUACGGGCAAGCGC